CGGUUUUAUUUUGAAAUUCACGACCGGAAAUCGUUGCUUCAAUGAUUAGCACUAGCAUUGGAGUUCCUUUAGCUUCUACACAAAUAAUAAAACAAACAAACUUUACUCCAUAGAUUAAAUAAAAUGGCCGGGACGGCGUCGGUUGCUGGAGAAGUGUUUGUGGAUGCUCUGCCGUAUUUUGACCAAGGUUACGAUGCAGCAGGAGUCAGAGAAGCGGCUGCAGCUUUGGUGGAGGAGGAGACCAGAAGAUAUCGACCGACCAAGAACUACCUGAGCUACCUGCCCACACCUGACUUCGCUACCUUUGAGACAGAAAUCAUGAGGAACGAGUUUGAGCGCCUGGCAGCUCGGCAGCCGAUGGAUCUCCUGAGCAUGAAGAGAUACGAGCUGCCAGCUCCAACAGCGGGACAGAAGAACGACAUCACAGCGUGGCAGGAGUGUGUCAAUAACUCGAUGGCACAGCUGGAGCACCAGGCGGUCCGCAUAGAGAACCUGGAGCUCAUGUCGCAGUACGGGACCAACGCGUGGAAAGUCUACAACGAUAACUUGGCCUUCAUGAUCGAGAUGGCUCAAAAGGAAAUGCAGAAAUUCAGGAAGCAGAUUCAGGAUUUGAACUGGCAGCGUAAGAACGAUCAGCUAGCAGGAGGAGCCAAACUGCGAGAGCUGGAGUCCAACUGGGUAUCUCUGGUCAGUAAGAACUAUGAGAUCGAGCGCGCCAUCGUCCAACUGGAGAACGAGGUACAAACGCUCAGACAGCAGCAGGGGGACGAGAACAAGGAGAACAUCAGACAGGACUUCUAGAGCAGCUGCUGCCUGAUGGACUCUGAAUCACAUAGAUGUCUUCUUGUUUGAUAUGUCUGACCUGAGGGGAGACCGUUACUUGUAAGGAGAUUUCAUGUUCAACCCCACCAUCAAGUGACUGAAACAUCCAGAGGGAGCUUUCCAGAAACAUCAGUGACAACACCUCUUAUCAGACUUCACCACUGUGGUUCUCCUGCAAAAGACGAGCUGGAGUACGGUUCAGUGCAGCUGUGCUCCGAUACAGUACCGGGGAUUAAAUGGGGACCAUGUGUAGAACUCUUCACAAAUAAAACACCUCUGUAGCCUCACUUGAGUCCACUAUGACCUUAAAGUGGGUAAUACCAACUUCUGAUCCUAAAUAUUUAACAUGAAAUUACUGAGUCAGUCUGUUGGCUUAAAGAUAAUUGUCUUCUUGUGUUACAGUUAGCGUUGACAUUUAAGAUUACACAGAGAACAAAAGACAUGACGUUAACUAGCGAAAGUGACAGUUCCACUUUAAGACGUCAUCCUAAACCAGCACAUAGUUUCACUCUCAGGCGAGCCACCAACACUGAAGUAUAUUUGGAUCGAGUUGUAGAUAUUUGGUUAAGUUUGUCUCCCAUUUAUGCAACUUUUUAUGCUGUUUUGAUAAUAAAAGAAACAUUUCUAAAACAA